ACGUGCAAAUAUUAUUGCCCUCGCCGUCUCUCUUACAUGCCCACAGAUGCAUCCCCUUUCCCCUUAGAUCGAUUUCCGAUCUUCGAAGAAUUCAUCAAUUCAACUAAAUCUAAUUGAAUUUUUUCAUUGAUUUGUUUAUUUUUUAAAUUUAUUUUCCUCUGUAUUGCGAAGAAAUUUUCUGUAAUUAAUCAAAAUGAAGGAUGAUGAUGCGCUACCCAUAUCAACGCCCACUUCAUCAUCAGUUGUACCGUCAUCUUCAGUUAUUUCGAAGAAGGAUUACUCUGAUUCAUCGAGCCUUUUUGGCCGAGGCCGGUACAAGUUUUGGGCAUUGGCUGCCAUUUUGCUGCUGGCAUUCUGGUCAAUGCUCACCGGAACCGUCACCCUCCGGUGGUCCGCUGGUAACCUCAACCGCCUGUCCGACGGCCUUGAGCCCCCAGCCAGAGACGACCUUGAUGUCCUCGAUAUGGAGGAGAGAGAGAAAUUGGUGAAGCACAUGUGGGAUGUGUACACAAAUAGCAGGCGAAUCAGGUUGCCAAGUUUCUGGCAGGAGGCAUUUGUGGCGGCCUAUGAGGACUUGACCAGCGAGGUUCCUGAAGUUCGGGAGGCUGCCAUUUCGGAGAUUGCCGGAAUGUCCACUCGCUACCUCGGUGUUGAGCCACCUCCACUCCGAUCUUCGUCAUCAUUGGUAGGUUCUUUUACUUAAAUUAUAUAAAUUUCUCGUUUAAUGAGAUCUAAUUGAUGUAAAUUGAGAAUCUUCUUCCCUCGUACA